AGCUUUCCAGCUUUCCACAGAGUUCAUCACUGUCUGCUAUCAUAAUGAGUGAGGAAGAGAGUAACGGCUCCUUGACGGUCAGGAAAGUGGCUCGGAUGCCCAAGUGCUCGCGCUGCAGGAAUCACGGGUUCGUGUCGCCGCUGAAGGGACACAAGCGCUUCUGUAAUUGGAAGGAUUGCCAGUGUCAGAAAUGUAGACUUAUUGCGGAAAGACAGCGGGUCAUGGCUGCCCAGGUGGCUUUACGAAGGCAGCAGGCCCAGGAGGAAGAGAUGGGCAUCUGCAAUCCUGUUAACCUGUCUGGUUCUGACCCUCUGGUAAAGAACGAGCCAGUAGUUGAUUAUGUGUUUACUGUGGGCACAAGAGCUUCAUCACCCACCACCACGAGUGCUCCCUCAUCCCCCACUGUCCCAGGGAGUCGUUCCAUGCUUGCUGUAAGCCCUGCAGCGACCAGCAGAGGGCACACUGAAGGCACAUCUGACCUGAUGGUUGAUCCGACCUAUUACAACCUGUACCAGCCCUCACGCUACUCCUCCUACUACAGCAAUCUGUACAACUAUCAGCAAUACCAGAUGCCUACUGGAGACAGCCGUCUGUCCAGCCAUAACGUGUCGCCCCAGUAUUGCACACACUCCUACUAUUCAUCCUACCUGAGUCAGGGGCUCGGCACGGCCGCCUGUGUCCCACCCAGUACCUGCCCUGAGCCCAAAGCAGCAGCUUUCUCUGAUGGAGCACAAGACUCAAGUUUGAACACGCUGACCAUCAGCACUGAGAACAGACUGGAGUGUGAAAGCAGCUCAGAGUCUGGCACCUUUUCUGUGGAGUCCAUCAUAGAGGGAGCGACUAAAUAAAAGCUUACAACACCGCCCAACAACAACAACAACAGCUUUACUCUUAUCUUUUCAAAUUGAGGUGUUUUCACCCAGUGAUUCUGGUAAAAAGUAGUAAAUCGUUGAGCAUUUAGUUGGUAACACUAAUCAAUGUAUUACCUUUUGCAUGGGGUUCUUAAAGAUUUUUAUAGAAAUGAGUUGUUUUAGGGAAAUUUCUCAAUGAGCCUGUACACUGUAAUGAUGAGAUAUUCAGUAUAUAUAGUUCAUUUGCAAUGUUAUUGUCACAACGUUUCAUACUGUUUAAUUAAGUUUGAUUCUUCUGAUAAAAACGUGAGACAAAUCAAACCAUACAAACACAACUUCAGCAGUGCAGACAGCUUAGUAGUGCUGUCACUGGUCUAAUGGAUAAUCUAACUUCUUACUACGACCUUCAUGAUCAGAGCUUCUCAGGCAUCACCACAGACUUGUGCUGUAAGCUGUGCAGAGGAGGGUGGGGUUAGUAUGCAGAUAGAGAGGAAGAGAUACUAUUAAAUUAUGCUUCAAUCUCACAGCUUGUUUAUUUAUGGCCAUCGCCAAAGGACAUCAUUUAACUUUUGAUGAUUUGCAUCCACCCUGUUCCUACCCAUGAUCCAGCUAAUAUGCUGCACUGUUCUGAGCUUUCUCUUGUGUAAUGUCAAGCUGUGCCCUUGAUUUUAAUAGUGUUUGCACAGGGACUGUCCUAAGGUCAUGAAUAAAUCGUAAAAGAGGGGAAACAAAACUUUUACUGUCUGUUUAGCUUACUGUUCAUUACAGAAUCUGUUUGUGACGCUGGAUUUAAAUGUUAAUGCCAAUUAGUAGUUUCUAGGGCAUCUGAUAGAAAUUAGCUUUAUAUGGUAUGUGUUCAUUUUUUAAAGAUGAUCUGAUAUGUUUUAUAUUUUAUGGAAUCAUCUUUAAUUGUCCUUUACAUGUUUAAAUUUUAAUAUUAAAGGAAUAGUCCACUUUAUAGAUGGGGCCCAUUGACUUACCAUAGUAUUUUUAUCCUACUAUAAAAAGUCAAUGGACCCCAUCUUUAAAGUGGACUACUCCUUUAAGAUUUAAUACAUUGAAUAUGCACUUUUGAAUUAAUUUGCUUAAAAAUAAAAUUAAUUGCUAAAAAGAUUUUUUCCUGUUGCUUAUAAGCUUUUGAAACACUGUUAAUCAGUUCAA